AUGGCCGCGACCCCGCCGGAACCGCCAGGCGGCCCCGCCCCCCGCCGCUACCGCCCCCCGGCGGCCGGGGCCGGCACAGCGCCACCGGGGGCGGACGGGAGGGCGGCGACACGCACACCCCCGCUGCCUCCGGGCCCGGGCGCGCCCCGACCUGCAGAGCCCAGGUGGGCGCCGGAGCGAAACCGAAAGCGGCCGGUAGCGGGGAGGGGGCGGCACGGCGGGAGCGGGGUGUCCCGCUGGAGCCUCCCCGACCCCGCCGCCCCGACCCCGCCGCCGGGAGGGGCCUGCGGACCGGCCCGGGCUGCUGUGCCGAAGGCUGCGGGGCCGGAGGUGAGAGGGGAGCGGGCGGCUCCCCGGGCGGGAGGGAGCGGGCCUGGGUCUCGGCUGCGCUCCUGGCCCGGCCCCGCCGGUGCCCCUGGGCUGCCCCAGGCUCGGCACGGCGCCCCGGUUCCCCGUGUGCCCCGCUGCGGGCGGCUGGUGCCAGUCGGGGCUGAACGCCCGGAGCCGCCGCCAGGAGCUCCCGCUGCACCCUCACCCCUCCUGCUGCCGCGCUCGGUGCGGCCGGUGGCACUGCGGGCUCAGAGGUGCCCUGGGACAGGGGACCCACGUCCCCCACCUGUGUCACCCCCCGGGGCCAGCCGUGGCCUGACAUUGCAGGGGCCACCGGGAAGCUCCCUGGCAGAGGCGGCGGAGCAUUUCCCGCCACUGUGCCGUGCCGGAGGCAUCAGGAAUUCCCACAGCCGGCAGCCUUGGCCAGCGCAGGGUCCCAGGGAUCCCCGGGCAGCACCGCGGGAGCUCCGCACGGGGCCGGUGGGGUUCCCCACGCGGUUUGAAUUCCCCCCGUGGCGUUGCCGAGGGCUCCUCGCCGGGGCGGGGGCCGGAGGCGCUGGCAGCGGCGGGGCCGGGCCGGGCCAUGCCGCCUCUAGGCGCAGGUGCCGGGGCAGGUGCCCUCCCUCGGGGACGGCUCGUGUUUCCGGGCCCCGUCGGGGGCUGAUGGGCUGGCACCAGUUGCUCCAGCCCCACCGGGGCUUUGUUCGGAGCCGUUUCCUUUUGGCUCGGCCGUGCCGCCCUCCCCUUGGCACCCGGCCCGCGGCGCGGGGGGAGCCGGCAGCACAACCCCGGUCUCUGCCGGCACCCCCGAUCACAACGGCCCGACGGUGGCUCCCAGUCACCUCCUCCGCCCCGCUCCCCGCCGGUAAGUCGCCCUCUCCCCUCCUGGCCCACCGACUGCCCCAGGUCGGGGUGGCAUGGCCGUGGUGCCCAUCCCUCCGCGGCGCCAGCGCGGGCAACGGAAUCCCAAAAGCAGCUGUUCCCGCUGUGCCCAGCUGCCCUGGGGUUUCGUUACCCGCGCUCCCGCCACUGCCUCGCCGCACACCCCCCACCCCUGCCCACCUCCCUGUGCUGGGCAAGAGCCGCGUGUCUCACUGCAACCCUGCCGGGGCUGGGGCAGCGCCUGGGGCCACGCUGGAAGAAGGGUGGUGUCAGGAUGGGGGAUCACCCGUGGCCAGCCUCGUGGCUCAGGCCCUGCACCGGGCUUCUGUUUCUUGUGCCCCCAACAGCUAAAAAUAGCAGCUGGCUUCCUGGGAGAGUAUGGGGAGCAUGGCUGCUUGGCCACAGCGUGGAUGUGGUCCCCUGCACCGCGGUGGUGCAGGCUGUGACUCCGCCAAACUUCCUGCCCAUGCCGGCUCUCCCUGGCCCUCGCAGCACCCCAGUCCCUGCAGGGCUGGGCAGGAUCCAGCCCC